AUGACUUCAGUGGUGAGUACAGAUCCUGUUUGUUCCAUUCCAUUUGUUCCCUUUUCCUGAUUCUAACCGGGCUUAGAUUAAGGAGAUCUUGAUUCAUUUCUGCUCUCAGCAGGGCUAGCAUCAGUCUUCUACAUCCUCAGGCUGCUACCAAUGCUGAAACCAGCGCUGACGACAAUGUCACUUUGGCUUUGCCACAUGGGACAAAUAGUGGCUGCAUCCAGGAAGCUGCCUACCAUGUGAAAAUGUUGUUGAAUAUUUGUAUGCUGCAGUUUUGGAGGAAAGCCCUUCCAAAGCAUCUUAGCCCAUCCAAAGCAAUGGAAAGAUAUUCCAUAGAUAGGGCAAAUCUGGACUGGCAUUUUUAUGCUGAUGCCAUUGCGUGGGCAAACUGCAAAAACCUUACAUUUGUGAGCAGCGUUGAGCCCACAAUAAACACCUGCUUCUGUCUUGCUUCAGCCCAGAUGAAAGGAAAAGGUAGAUGAACAGUAACAGGCAACUGAGGAGCUCUGCCUCUAAGAUGCAUAAUGUCAGGAGCAAGUAUCAGGAAUAAAGCACAUGGAGUAAGUGAUUCAGAAGAAAUAAGACCUGCGCAGGAAUGCCAGGCCUAAUGAGGACAGCAACUCUUCUCAGUGGGUUUUGCCCCUAUGAGACAGUUGUGGGGACUGAAGAUCCCCGCCUUCCCACAGCUGCCUAAAUCUCCACCUUCCUUGGGUCUUCCCCAAGCAAUCUGAGACUCCACCGAUGUGCCUGUCUCUGCUCCUCCCUCUUCAGACCUCUUCUAUUCCUGGGAGACAAGGGGGCAGGGGAGCUUGUCACAGCAGGAGGGGAAGACACCCAGCCUGACUCAUCUCUGCCUCUUGGCCUCCCUCCUCUCUGCAUCCACCCCUGCUUCCAAUUCUGUACUUCUAUCUGCCACAGAUUUUCCCUGCUCACUAAACCCUGCUACAUCUUCUACUUCUGACGCCUCCUCCUCCCAGUCUUCUCCCUCUUUCUCUGACCACUCAUCGUCACCCUGUCACCAGUCCCCGGAUUGAGCCCGAAACCUUCUAGAUGCAAAGUACGCACUUUGCCACUGAUCUACAGCCAGUAGUGUAGUGGCAAAUUCAGUCACGCAGGGUCAUGAUAGUUAAAGCCAUCUCCCCUGACAGUCACACCCCUUCAAACAUUAUGCAACCUUCUAAGUUUAUAUAGUAAUAUUGUACAAUAAUAAUAAUUAAGGAUGCAUUGCAAUGAUCAUUGCAAAUCUCCACGAGUUGCCUUUCAGAUAGAUCAACAAUUUUCUGUGUGGGUACAUGGACAAAAAUGAUUUGGACUGCUCCACUAACUUCUUUCUGAGUGUCUUAAGCUGUGUUUUCCAUGAAGUCUGAUUGUACGUAACAGAACUUGGGCACCAAACUCUGGAAAGAGAAAACACUAUGUUUUCAGUUCCUAAAUGCUCUGCUUUGGGUGUACAGUGGUGAAAAAACUCCCCUUUCAUGCUGAUUGGGUGCCACCUUUAGAAGACAUCUGAAGGCUGGGUACAGGGAAGUUUUUAAUGUUUAAUGUUUUGACAGUUUUUGUAUAUGCUGGAUGCUGCCCAGAAUGGCUGGGGAAACCCAGUCAGAUGGGCAGGGUACAAAUAUUUAUUUAUUUAUUUAUUUAUUUAUUUAUUAUUGAGAUACCUGUAAGGACCCUGCUGCAAAAAUAUUCACAAGUCUUCUCCUUUUAGAGUCAAUAUUUUUUACAUAGGGUGCCAAGUAUUAUGCAAGUUUUGCCAGUUCUUGCAUGAGCAGUUGACAUGAUGGGGAUGUUUUAAGUCAGGAGUUCAUUUCCCCCUUGUGCUUUCACCCCUAGACUGGCACAUUCAGGAUCGUUUCUGAGGAGGAGCAAGCCUUGCGUUCCAAACUUGAGAGGCUGACCACCAAGGACCAUGGCCGCGUCUUUGGGAAGUGUGAGAAAAUCCCUGACUAUACCUUGCAAAAGGUGAGCAUCGCUGGGCGGGGUGGAGAGGGAAGGCCAAAGUCUGAGAGCUGUUAAUGAUUCCAGAGGGUGGCCUGUUCAUGGAGCUCAACGUGGCUAAUUAACCUUUCAAAAACUAACUACUUACGUAGCUCUGUGUGUGAGAGAGAACAAGAGGUUUCAGUGAUGUCAAGAUGGUCCAUUGUGAGACUGUUGUCUUACCUUCGUGAGAAAACAGAAACUGAAUUUUUAUGCCUCGUCUCCCUGCCAACAGGGCUAGCUAAGAAUCCUUCAAAGCCCGUAUCAGGGACCCUUCUUUGAAGUUUGCCCCUGUUUUGCAUGGCUGUUCCACUGCAAUUUAACCAGUACGCCUCUGUUCAUGUCAUGUAGCAUUCAGUGGAGACCAGAGGGUCAUAGCAGGGGGGAAGACAAAGGGGAACACACACAGACACACAUGGGUCCUGAGUACACCAGGGCUUCUGCUAGGCCCUGAGCCACAGAGAUGAACCACAGCCCAAGUCCAUCACUGGGAGUCCUAACAGUUGUUACAGCAGUUACCUUGCUCUCCCUUGAAAAGCACAAAGAGCUAAAGGAGAAGGUUGAAAAAAUGGCGCUCCAGAUUUGAUGCUGCCAUUGAUGUAGAGGCAGAGACAACCCUACAGGGAGGCCCAGUGUGGUGGCUGCUUUAUGCAAGAAUCAUCAAAGGGCUGCAAUGUGCCCAUUGUUUAAUUUCCUACAUACAAUUGUAUCAAAGGCAACAGUCGCUAAUUAAGAGCAUAAGUCCUGUUAGGUCAGACCAAAGCCAUGUCUAUCUCAGGGUUUCCUACUGCUGUGCUGAAAAUCCCACUCUUGCAUUUUUACCAUUCUCCAUCAAUUAAUGAGAAAAUAAAUUGCGUUAUGAAAAUGAUCAAAGGGGAGAGGAAGCGCUCAGGGCACUCAGUGCAUGGUUUUUUUGGUCACACUCACCUUACAUUUGAGGUUGCCAAGGGAUUAUUUGUGAAUGCCAGGGACGUGGGUGGCACUGUGGUCUAAACAACUGAACCUCUUGGGCUUGCUGUUCAGAAAGUAUUUUUGGAAGAUAUUUUUCCAAGCUCACAUUGCUGAUUGGAAGGUAUUUUUGGAAGAUAUUUUUCUAAGCUCACAUUGAUCAUUGGACAAUAAAUAUAAUGCACCGGGCCUGAAAUGGUUGGAAUCUGUACACCAACAUAAUUUAUAUAGCCUUCACGGGAGUCCUGUAGCAUAUCUAAGGGUCAAUAUACUUAUUUGGUGGAAGUGCUAUCAAUCACAUUAUAGUCUCCUUCAUUGGGGAUGCGGGUGGCACUGUGGUCUAAACCACUGAGCCUCUUGGGCUUGCUGAUCAGAAGUUCGGAAGUUCGAAUCCCCGUGAGGGAGUGAGCUCCCACUCCCACUGCUCAGUUCCAGCUUCUGCCAUCCUAGCAGUUCAAAAGCACACCAGUGCAAUUAGAUAAAUAGGUACCGCUGUGGUGGGAAGGUAAAUGGCGUUUCCAUGCACUCUGGCACUCGUCACAGUGUUCCAUGUGCCAGAAGUGGUUUAGUCAUGCUGGCCACAUGCUCCAGAAAAGCUGUCUGCGGACAAAUGGCAGCUCCCUCGACCUGAAAGCAGAGAUGAGCACCGCACUCCAUAGUUGCAUUUGACUGGACUUAACCAUCCAGGGGUCUUUACCUUUACCUUUACCUUGUGAAUGCCCUUUCUUCCAUACCAGUGGCAUGUAUACCAUGUGGGUAUAUAAUGGGUCAUUUUAAAUUCAUGGAAUUUUAUUGCAAGGGAGGAAAUCUGGAUUAAAUGUAAAAAGAAAAGUAUGGAAUGCCCAUAGAAGUUUUGAGUUGUGUGGUAUCUUGGAGGCCUUUUAGUUUAACCUGCUGCUCAAUAUAGGAUCUGUGAACCAGCACACUUAAUAUCCAGAAAAUGAUACGAUUUUGUUCAUACUAGCUAUGUGAAAUGACAGCACUUGGAUUCUACAGGGAAAACUAAUUAAAGCGAGCUGGGCUGGACAUUCUUUGCCUAUUUUACUGCUUGAUAUGCCAAAAUACAUACAGUUGUCUGCAAAAGUGUUUCCUUUGGUGGCUCCUCAGUGAGUUGCCUAGCAAUAGCAGACAAAAGCCAUUUUAGUUCACUGCCACCAAUUUUCUUCCUGAAUAGUACAACCACAAGUGGAAUGCUAGGUGUGUUGUUCUAUAUAUACUCUGGUUGCAGAGGGCAAUGGUGUUAGUCAACAGGCUGUCACUCCAUAGAAAUAUUAAGAACAUAGGCCAGAAUCCUUUGCUAUGUUCUGGGCUUGUAUGGCAGAUGUUCUGGUGUUGCUUAGAAGACAAGUUGAUCUAGAAUAGGGCUCAGCGAUGGAAGGAAUUUUGAAACCUACAGCAUUAGGUUUAGGGCAAGAACAAAUAACUGGUUGAGCACCGGGGGCCAUGCCAGAUACGGUAUCAUGAGACCAAUGGCCACAGCUAGCGAACAUGCUUCUGUUUAGGAGAACACUUCCUUGAAUAUGAGCACACAAGUGCUAUUUUGCGUGGGAGAGAAGGGAAAGCAGGUAUUGUCCCAUUCCUGUGACAUCUUCUACCUUUGAGACACUGUCCAGCUUCUCUUCUCCUCCAUAGGCCAAGGAUGAACUGAACGAGACCCUGGAGAAGCGCGAGCUGGCUGUGAAAGAGCUGCGGGAACUGGUGCAGGAGAAAGCCAAAGGAGGAGAGGACAUCUGCAAGGUGGUGGCUGAGAAAGUGAAAGGAAAAGAUGAUGCUUUCUUCCUGCGUUUCAUCCGAGCCCGUAAAUUUGACAUCAGCAGGGCUUAUGAUCUGAUUAAAGGUGGGGGUUCUUGGCACGCAAACAGACCCAGUCAAAUCUUGUUGGUAUGCUGUAGUCACCCUUCCUUAGGGUAGCAUAGGGAGUGGGCAGGUGAUAUUGGCUUAUUUAUCUAGCCUAUUAAAAAGAAAAAAGGAGGAGUGCGGGGGCAACACCUUUAAUUGCCAGCAAAACCCAAAGUUAGGUUGUAGGAAGAGGUUUUUCUCCGUUUGGGUGCUUCCGCUGUGUAUUGUUACCUUAUAGUGGUACCUCAGGUUACAUACGCUUCAGGUUACAGACUCCGCUAACCCAGAAAUAGUACCUCGGGUUAAGAACUUUGCUUCAGGAUGAGAACAGAAAUAGUGCUCUGAUGGCGCGGCAGCAGCAGGAGGCCCCAUUAGCUUAAGUGGUGCUUCAGGUUAAGAACAGUUUCAGGUUAAGAACAGACCUCCGGAACGAAUUAAGUACUUAACCUGAGGUACCACUGUAUUGUGUGUCCCCCCCCCUUCUCUCUCUGAGAGGGAUUUUACUGGCAUUGACCCUGGACUCUGGUAAACUGGAGAGAUUAUGCUGGAGAAGAAGAAAAAUAUUUGCUUGGCUCUAUUUCAGAGCUCCCUUUGUUUAUGCAACAGGGCAGUAAUUAACAAAACUAGCCACGGAGAUGAGGAACAAGGGAAGGAUUUUUGCCCGUUUUUAUUUAACCGCCCCAAGCUACGCUUCCCCAUUUCACGCCUGAUGGCUCUUAACAGGAAACAAGUGAAACAAGUUACUACCCCUACUAUUCCUGCCCCCUGCAGAAUGAAAUCUGGGUUGAUCAUCCCCUUGUUGGUAAACAAGCAUGAGAAAAAUAAGGAGGCAGAAUGAUUUAGUUUUUACUGAGAAGGAAUGUAGAUGGGCGGGUGGGGGAUGAAAAAAUAAAUAAACCUAGUUAGGUUCCUGAGUCCUGAAGCAACAAGUUUUAAGUACUGUGGUAAAAGGUAAAGGUAAAGGGACCCCUGACCAUUAGGUCCAGUCAUGACCGACUCUGGGGUUGCAGUGCUCAUCUCACUUUAUUGGCUGAGGGAGCCGGCGUACAGCUUCCGGGUCAUGUGGCCAGCAUGACUAAGCCACUUCUGGUGAACCAGAUCAGUGCACGGAAACGCCGUUUACCUUCCUACCAGAGCGGUACCGAUUUAUAUAUUUGCACUUUGAUGUGCUUUUGAACUGCUAGGUUGGCAGGAGCAGGGACCAAACAACGGGAGCUCACCCCAUCACGGGGAUUCGAACCACCAACCUUCUGAUCAGCAAGCCCUAGGCUCUGUGGUUUAACCCACAGCACCACCCGCAUCCCAAGUACUGUCCCAAGUACAAUUCCAGAGUUUGCACUUCAUGGUAUUAUUGGGGGGGGGGCAGUGGGAGUGGGCUUAUCGGAAGCUGCCUUGUACUGAGUGAUAUGUUUGGUCCAUCUAGCUCAGUACUGUCUGCACCAGGAAUGGGGAACCUGUCCUCCCCAUCCCUCAGUGUUGGAUUACAGAUCCCUUCAUCACUGAUCAUUGGCCAUGUUGGGUUGAUGGGAGAUGGAGUCCAACAACAUCAGAAACGCACUGGUUACUGAUGGGUUUUAUUAGGUAGGUGAGGGGAUGCAUUAACUAUCUUUGAUCCCUCUGCAGGCCCAUGUGUGUGGGUUGAGACAAAGAGAAAAUGGGGCUACAAGCCUUUUUCCAAAAUACAGGGCUUUUGCAGAUACUUGCACGAGAUAAAGCCCUCUCAGUGGAGUUUAUAACUCCCAUCUGAGCAAGUAUAAUUGGAAGCACAGGAAUUAGUCGUUAGGCUGAUGUCUCCCUUUUGUUUCCCUGUUUAUCAAAGAAACAGGCUCCAAACUGAAAAGCAAGUUUAAAAUGUAUAGUUUACUCAUAGUCAAGCAAUCAUCCUUACCAGCAACAGAAGUAAAAACUAAUGCAGAUAAAAUACUUGUAUUUACAGCCAAAACAACUUCAGGCAUGUGCCUUAUACAGGAACAAGUGGAGAGAUGGUUGCUCCCAUAGCUAGUUGAAGAGAGAGGGGGAGGGGAAAGGAACAGGAAAUACUUAUUUGCUCCUUCCCUCCCAGGAGAGGAGGGUUAAUGACAUCAUACAGAGCAUUCUCUACCAAUUACGUUUCUAUGGUCUGAGUCUGCCUAUCAGCAACACAGCUCUAUGGUCUUAACCCCUUCAUGUGCCAACUAGCAAAAAUAUGCAUUGUUAGAUUUGACUGCAAAACUUCCAUAGUUUCCCUCACCCUAGUCUACCCUGACUGGCAGCAGCUCUCCAGGGUUCUUUCUCAGACCUACCAGGAGCUGUCGAGCAUUGAACCUGUAACCUUCUGCAGGCAAAGCAGACACAUUACCACCAAGCGACUGACCUUCCUUUGAGAUCUUUGCCUGGUUUCAUUACUUACCUCAAUAUGUGAUGAGACAUCACUGCUAUGUUAGCUGACCCUCCUCCUUCUGCCAAGUGAGGUCCUGAGCUUCUGACCUGAAAUUCUGCCCUGAUAGCCCCACCAUUUAAGCACACAGCCUCCUUGCAAGGACGGGGAACUAGUGGGCCUCCAGAUGUUGCUAGACUGCCACUUCCAUCAUCCCUGACCAUUGGCCAUGCUAGCUGGGGAUGAUUUUUUAUUAUGUUUUAUUAUGUUUUUAUAUGAGCUGGAAGCCACCCAGAGUGGCUGGCAAAACCCAGCCAGAUGGGUGGAGUAUAAAUAAUAAAACAUCAUCAUCAGGAGGGCCACAGCUUCACCCAUUCUUAAUCUAGCUCAAUGCUUCAGUCUCUCUUCCCACGCUCAUCAUUUCUAUAUUUCUUCCCCCUCACACCAGGUUAUGUCAACUUCCGCCAGCAGUAUCCAGAGCUCUUUGAAAACCUGACUCCCGAGGCUGUGCGCAGCACCAUUGAGGCUGGCUACCCAGGCAUCUUGGCCAACAGGGACAAGUAUGGACGGGUGGUGCUGCUGUUCAACAUUGAGAACUGGGAUUACGAGGAGAUCACCUUUGAUGAGGUGAGCAUCUCCGAGCAGAGGUCCUACACCGCAAGCACUUGUGCCCCCCUCCACUAUUAAACUACCAAUACUUACCACUGGGAUGGGUAACUUGUGGCCUCCGUAUGUUACUGAGCUACAAUAGCGAAUGGGGGACCUUUUCCACCGCGAGGGGCACAUUCCCUUCUGGCCAGCCUUCCAAGGGCCUGUGGAGGGGGGCCAGUGGUGGGUUAGUGGUGGGUGUGGCCUUUGCAGAGUUCCAUGGGCCAGAUAGAGAAACCCAGAGGGCCACAACUGGCCCCAGGUCUGAGUUUCUCCACCCCUGGACUGCAUCUCCCACCAUCCCUGACCACUAGCCAUGCUGGUUGGAGCUGAUGUGACUUGGGAGUUCAAUGGCACCUGGAGAGUCAAGUGUGCAAGUUUGUAAUAAUAAUAAUAAUUUAUUUAUACCCUGCCCAUCUGGCUAAGUUUCCCCAGCCACUCUGGGCGGCUGUACAAGCAUACACAGCAACCAAAUAAGACACCAGAAUGUCUCAGAUUCUUUUCUUGUAUAUUUGACCCACCUCCUGGUUUGGGAUGCUUGGUAGUGAACAAUGGCCUGAUGCGAUAGGCGCUUCAUAUCUGUGCAGGACUAUUUUCUUUUUGUGUUAGAAUCCGACUCCUGGAGCAAUGGAAGGUGGUGGUGGUGGGAGCCCUCUCACAACUAUUUUAGCCCUCUAGCAAGGACAGUCUGCCUUGCCUCUGGUGACUGACUAGACAAGGAGGGAGCGCCUCUCGCUAGUGCAAGGAUGCUCAUGAAAGAUUAUCCCCAAGGGAAAACAACCCUCGAUACAAAAACAUUCCCCGUUCCUGCUGCAAGCUACUGCUUCUCAUCAAGGUGUUUCAGGUUCUUUUGGGACAGGCGCGGGGAACCUUUGGUCCUCUAGAUGUUGCUGAAUUCUCAACAGCACCACCAAGCAUGGCCAACGGCUAGGGACGAUGCAAGUGCUAAAUUCAGCAACAUCUGGAGGGCUAAAGGUUUCUCACACCUGGCUGCUGCUUGCAGGGGUUGCAAACUCCUAGUGUGAUGCUUUUGCAUCAGUUGUUGACUGUUUUUAAGGUUAGAUAUCCCAACCACUCAGUCAUAUGGGCUAGAAACAUACUUAGCUUUUUAAAUGAAAGCUGAGAAUCUCAGAUAGCUGAACUCUGCUCCCAACUGGAGGGUCAAAGUUUCUCCACAUCUGCUCUGCAUUCUGUAAGAUGGAGCAUCAUUUGGGCUUUGGGGGGUGGGUAUUGUUUUUGUUUGCUACUAUGUUUUGUGUGUGUGUGUGUCUUUCUAUUGUAAACUGCCCCGUGAUCCUCGGAUGAAAGGAGAAAUUUAAUUAACAAAAUAAAUACUGACUUCAGCAGCCUGGUACAGAAAGGUUGCCUGUUUCCCAAGGUAUGGGAGGAAGGAAAUCCAUCAACUUGGCCAGAGUUCUGGACAUAAGCUCCUGUCUCCAUGUGUUUUGAUCCAGAUUCUUCGCGCCUAUUGUGUGAUCCUAGAGAAGCUGCUAGAGAACGAGGAGACGCAAAUCAAUGGCUUCUGCAUCAUUGAGAACUUUAAUGGGUUCACCAUGCAGCAGGCCUCUGGCAUUAAACCAUCCGAACUGAAGAAAAUGGUGGACAUGCUGCAGGUGAGUCUGCCUUAUUGCCCUCCCUAGAAAGCAGUGAAGACAACCUGGACCUCAUAGAUUACAGUGGUGCCUCACAAGACAAAAUUAAUUUGUUCCGCGAGUUUUUUCGUCUAGCGAAUUUUUCGUCUUGCAAAGCACGAAAUCCCAUAGGAAUGCAUUGAAAUUCAAUUAAUGUGUUCCUAUGGUCAAAAAAAGUCCAAACAAAGCCAAAUUUGGUACAACAAGAGUUUAUUAAGUGCUCUUUAAAGUCACACAUACUGUAAAGAGCAUUUCAAAAACUGAAGGAACAAUAAAUUCAAAAAUUGAAGGAACAAUAAAAAUCAUAAAAAUGCAGGAAAAAAACCAAGCUUCCAGAUUCUUGCAAACCCCUCCCCAACACCAAGUCCUUGAAUUCCAAACACCCCAACCCAAAAUCCAAAAACCCCCAAAAAAGUUUUAAAAGUUUAACUUACCAAAUGGCUGCAAAAGAAGUUUUGGAAAAGCUUCAAAAAUCGCCAAAGUCUUCAAAAACCUCAAAAAAGGCUACCACACCGCGUGCUAUGAGUUGCUCCUCGAAGUCAAGUCGCAACUGCACCUCUUCAAGCAAUGCACUUUGGGUUUUAACGGUUUUACGAAAAAGGAAACAAACUUGCAAGACGUUUUCGUCUUGCAAAGCAAGCCCAUAGGGAAAUUCGUCUUGCGAAGCAGCUCAAAAACCGCAAAACCCUUUCGUCUAGCGAGUUUUUCGUCUUGCGAGGCAUUCGUCUUGCGGGGCACCACUGUACUGGUUAUGCAAGAGGCAUUCCUAGAACCAGGGGGCAAACAGUAUACCACAUGACCAUUGUGUGUCAUCAGUGAUGUCAAUCAACCCUGGACAGUUCCUUUGUAGAAACAUAGGAAGCUGCCUUCUACUGAUUUGGACUCUUGUCCAAUCUACAGCCUUGCCCCUGUACAGUAUAUUCCCCCAUGCAAAACUCAUUCAGGUGGCAGCAAUUUCCUUCUCACCAGCUUGCCACUGCAGCCAAAGUCCUUUCGCCUACGAAGUACCGUAUUUUUCGCUCUAUAGGACGCACCCAACCAUAGGACGCACCUAGUUUUAGAGGGGGAGAACAAGAAAAAAAAAUCUCUCCCUCUCUGCGCAGUACCCCUUCAGCAAAGCGGCAGGAGAAAUGGAGCCCCUUCCAUUUCUCCCCCCGCUUCGCUGAAGGGGCGCUGCGCAGAGAGGGAAAACUGUGCAGCGCCUCUCCAGCAAAGCGAAGCCAGGAGAGCAAGAGGGAUCAGUGCGCACCGACCCGACUCGCUCUCCAGGCUUCAGCGGAAGCAACGCAAAGACUCUGGAGCACGGCGGGAGCGUUCCUGCUGCACUUUGGAGGCUUCGCGUUGCUUUCGCUGAAGCCAUGGAGCCUGCAUUUGCUCCAUAAGACGCACACACAUUUCCCCUUAAUUUUUGGAGGGGUAAAGUGUGUCUUAUAGAACGAAAAAUACGGUACUUCCUCUAUCUAGGCAUGUAGGCAACUGAGUGAUGAAAGUCCGCUGCUUAUUGGUGCUCAGAACGGGAACAAAAAGAUGAUGUAUCCACAACCAGAAACAUUCACAGGAACAUUUGAGGUGCUGGAGAGAAAGGGCUAUAUGGUCCUUCACGACCCCAUGCAAUUCAUCACAUCAAUCUGAUGAGCGUGAUGGUGCGAUUUGGCCCUUUGGCUAAAUUUCAGACAGGAGAAGAGAUCUGUAACAGGAAAGCAUGUUUUUACAUGAGAGAAUGUGUUCUUUUAUUUAAAAUGCAUCUCUGGGUUAUUUGUGGGGCCUGCCUGGUGUUUUUACAUGAGUAGAAUGUGUGCUUUUAUUUAAAAUGCACCUCUGGGUUAUUUGUGGGACUUAGGAAUUAGUUCAUCCCCCCCCCCCGCAAAAAAUAUAGGCCGGCUCCCCACAAGGUCUGAGGGACAGUGGACUGGCCCUCUGCUGAAAAAGUUUGCUGACCUGCUGACCCCUGAACACUUUUGCCCUUUAGCUCAAAAAUGUGUGAAGUAUUUCCUUCAGUCUUCUAGAUUGCUGUUUCUCUCAUGGGUGCUUUAGCUGAGAUUCCUGCAUUGCAGGGGGUUGAAUUAUAUGACUCUUGGGGCCUCUUCCAAUUCUACAAUUUAAUGAUGGAUGAAAACUCUAACUUUUUGCACAGGCAGCGACAUUCCAGCCACCCAACAGUUGACACCCUUCCCAUUUCCACCCUAUAUCCCAUCAAGCAAGAGAUGUUGUCUGUGUACACCUUCCCUCAAGAAUCCUGGGAACUGUAGUUUUACCCCUCACAGAGCUACAGUUGCUAGCACCCAUAGCAAAACUAGUUCCCAGUAUUCCUUGGCGGGGAAAUGUGCUUUAAAUUCUUGGUGUCUACACAGCCAUUAUCACAGUUCAGAGACACAUUCAAGCCAGGGGGGAAAGUGCUUGAGUGAGAGGUAUGACUGUCCAAAGAGUCCAAAAAGAUGGAGUAUUUGGCCCCUGGACACAAAAGUACUUCAUCCCUGCCCUUUACAUCCAUACAAAGAGCACAGCCCUCAGUGGUGGUUUAGUGGAACUGCUUCGCUUCCUCCACCCAUCCAAAAAGGAGAAAUCAGGCUUUUGAAACAAUAAAAGUCCCCUCUGCCUAGCUGCUCUGUCUCACCUUUGCACUACAGUCAUACCUCAUGUUAUGUUUGCCUCAGGUUGUGUGUUUUCAGGUUGCGUCCCGCUGUGACCCGGAAGUACCGGAAAGGGUUACUUCCGGGUUUCGCUGCUCGCGCAUGCGCAGACGUGCAAAAUGAUGUCAGGCACAUUCGCAGAAGCAGCAAAUCGCGGCACGUGCAGACGCAGGUUGUGUUCUGCUCAUGUUGCGAACGGAUCCCGUUUGCAACCAGAGGUACCACUGUAUUAUUAUUUUUUUGCGGCUGGCUGCCUUAACCAUGUGCUCUUCUUGGAAAUCCCUAGGAUUCUUUCCCAGCUCGUUUCAAGGCCGUCCACUUCAUCCACCAGCCGUGGUACUUCACCACAACCUACAACGUGGUGAAACCGUUCCUGAAAAACAAACUGCUGGAAAGGGUGAGUUAUGCCGCAGAAGGGUAAGGAGCAAUGAGAAGACAAAUACAGCAUUGUCAGUCAAGGAAUGCAAGCAUGCCAGGGCAGAAAUGAGAAGUUACUGGGAUUGGGCAUCUUCUGCCAGGAAUUGCAGGCGUGGAGACCUUUUGGCCCUGCAGAUGCUGCCGAUCUAUUAUUGAUAAAAACAACAACUUUUGUAUCUCACAUGUUUCUCCACGAGCAAAAGGUGGUGUACAUAGUUCUUCCCCUCCUCAUUUAAUCCCCACAAACACCCCGUUAUGUAAGGUAGGCUGAGAGGCAGUGACUGAUCCAAGGUCACCCCCACCCAGGGAGCAUCAUGGCCCAGUGGGGAUUUGAACCCUGGUCUCCCACAUUCUAGCCUGACACGCUAACUGUUACACCACACUGCCUGCAACUCCUAUCAGCCCCAGCAAGCACGGUCAAUGGUCAGGGAUGAUGGGAGCUGUAGUACAGCAACAUCUGGAGGGCCAAAGGUUUCCCCACACCUAGCUGCUGCUUGCAAGGGUAGCAAACUCCUGGUGUUACGAUUUUGCAUCACUUGUUGAUAUUAUAUCCAGCCACUCAGUCAUAUGGGAUAGAAACAUGUUUCGCUUUUGAAAUGAUAGCUGAGAAUCUCUCUUUUUACCUACAUGCAUGCAUGCAUGCAUACAUACUUUAUUUGGUUUUUCAGAUUAAAAUUUUAGUCAUAUAUCGAACAUAGAACAUAAAAAUAUGAUUCCAAUGAAUCUCUUGGACUUCCCUCCUCCCCUUUGUGGGUCCUAUUAUUAAUCAUUUCCUCCUGCAUCUUUUAUGAUGAUCCAAAUCUUUUACCUCUCCAUUGUGUCUAAAAUUCACCAUUAAGCUACAAGUGAUAUUCCAAUCCUGCUAACGAUUUUAGCUGUUUACAAUGGUCCUUAAGAUAAGUUAUAAAUUUCCCCCAUUCCUUAUUAAAAAUUUGGUUUUCCUGAUUUCCGAUUUUUCCAGUCAUUUUAGCCAUUUCGGCAUAGUCCAUCAACUUCAUCUGCCAUUCUUCUCUGGUAGAAGACUUUAUCUUAUUUCCAUCUCUGGGCCAAUAACAUCUGCGCAGCUGUGGUCACUUACAUAGUAUUUUCUUCUCCUUUGGGAUUUCGGCACCUUUAAUUGCUAAAAGGAAAGCUUCAGGUUGAUUUUUUUAAGCCAAGGUUAUUUUAAACAUAUAUUUCAAAUCAUUAUAUAAUCAUAAGUAAAGUAAAGGGACCCCUGACCAUUAGGUCCAGUCGUGGCCGACUCUGGGGUUGCAGAGCUCAUCUCGCUUUAUUGGCCGAGGGAGCCGGCGUACAGCUUCCGGGUCAUGUGGCCAGCAUGACUAAGCCGCUUCUGGCAAACCAGAGCAGCGCACGGAAACGCCAUUUACUUUCCCACCGGAGUGGUACCUAUUUAUCUACUUGCACUUUGAGGUGCAUUCAAACUGCUAGGUUGGCAGGAGCAUGGACCGAGCAAUGGGAGCUCACCACGUCGCGGGGAUUCAAACCACCAACCUUCUGAUCAGCAAGUCCUAGGCUCUGUGGUUUAACCCACAGCGCCACCUGCGUCCCCUGUUAUAUAUCAUAUAAUAGCUCAAAAAGCUGAACUCUGCCCCCCGUUACACAGCAUCUCUCAGCUCAACCUUUCUGCCUUCCUUUUCACACUCAGGUGUUUGUGCAUGGCGACGAACUCGACACCUUCUACCGAGAGAUCGAUGCCGAUAUCCUGCCAGCAGAUUUUGGGGGCAAUCUGCCCAAAUACGACGGCAAAGUCACCGCGGAGCUGCUUUUUGGGACCCGACCUGAUGCUGAAGACACAGCUCUUUAAUAGCAACAUCUUGGCAUAGAAGAUAGGGCGCAGAGGUGUCCCCCAGCUAUCCUGUUAAACGUAGCUUUGGUUGAAAGAUCUGUCAUGGCCAUAAAAUCUGGGUGUACAUUGCUUUGCCACUCUCUCUCAUUCUUUGUCACCAGAUGGCAGUAGAGCAAUGAAAAGUCCCCUGCCAUUUCUCUCAAGAAUAAUCCUUUUUCCUUUUAUUACCUCACCCCCACCCAGGAAAAACAAGAAAGUGGAAUGAAAGAGAGGGGGAAGGAAGAAGAAAGAGAGAUGGUUUGUGGUGGGGACAUUCUAGAUGAGGCAGUACAAGCUUUGUUGACCAAGCACCCAGGUAGUCAAGUAGUUGAGAUGUGCCUUCAUAGAUUUACUGGCUUGCCCUAAUAUGGUGGGGAGAAAGUGUGCACCCAUAUAUAGCUAUGUAUUUUAGAGCCCAGGUUUCACUGGAUUUGGGGACAAGUGGCUAAGGAAAGAGGAAACAGACAAAGCUGUCACAAAGGCAGUGCAAAUGGCCCAGCCAAGGACUGUUUUCAAUACAGAAUAAUAAUAAAAAAAUAACAGCAGC